AACCGAGCCAAGCACGGCCCCCGUGAGUGAGGAGUUAGGAGUUUUCUCCCGAGAAAUAUACGAGUAAAUGGGUCCAGUAAUUGGAAUGACUCCAGGUAAGAGAGCUGAGACCCUGGGAGCUGAGAAGGUUGCAGGACUGAGUCAGAUUUACAAAAUGGGAAGUUUGCCUGAAGCUGGGGAUGCUACCAGGCCAAAGGCCACUCUAGUGGGCAGUGAGUCAGCAGAUGACGAGCUAACAAACUUGAACUGGCUUCAUGAAAGCAGUAAUCUUCUAACCAACCUCAGGCCUGGAAGCAAAGGCCUUCCCAUGGUUAGUCCGUUGUAUGACAUAGAGGGAGAUGAUAUGCCAUCCUUUGGACCAUCUUGCUACCAGAACCCAGAAAAAAAAUCAGCAACUUCAAAGCCCCCAUACUCCUUUUGUCUUCUCAUUUAUAUGGCUAUUGAACACUUGCCAAAUAAAUGUUUGCCUGUCAAAGAAAUUUAUAGCUGGAUUCUGGAUCGCUUCCCAUACUUUGCCACUGCACCUACAGGAACACUCCUCCAUUGCUGUUCCACAGCACUGGGCUUUGGAAUGCUCAUGGAACCUUACCAGAAGCACCAUUCACAGCACUAG